GCGGGCGCGGACGGGCGCUGGGAGCUGCUGCUCCGGCGCGGAGAGCUGCUGGCGCUGGGCGGCCACCUGAAGGGAGCGCUGGAGGCGUUCGCGGCCGCGCUGAGCCGCGGGGCCCCGGCAAGGCCCGAGCGCCUCGGCUCGCUGGUGGACUGCCUGGUGUUCAACUACCGGCUCCGCCACGGGCUGGGCUGGAGCGCGGCGCCCGCGGCGGGCGCGGCCGGGCUGCUCAGCUGCCUGGGUUGCCGCGGCUUCCUCAGCGAGCCGGUGACCGUGCCGUGCGGACACAGCUACUGCCGCCGCUGCCUGCGGACGGAGCUCCGCGCCCGCUGCCGCUUGUGCCGGGACCGCCUGCCUCCCGCCGCCCGCACCCCGCGGCCGCCGCCCCUAGCCGCCGCCAUCGCCGACUUCCGAACUAGCGUUGUGCUCAACCACCUGGCGGAGAAGUGGUUCCCGGGCCAGCGCGAGCGUGCGCGGGCGGCUGGCCGCCUCGGAGAGCUACUGCACCAGGGGCGCUACCGGGAAGCCCUGACGGCCGCCUGCGACGCGCUGCGAGCAGAGCCUAGCAACCUGACUCUAAAAAUUUACAGAGCAGAAUCCUAUGCUGGUCUCCAGGAGUUCAAAGCAGCCAUAGAUGAUCUAAAUGCAGUUCUCUUUCAACUCCCAAAUUGGCCUGAGGUCUACUUCAGGAAAGGCAAAGUCCUCCAGGAUGCUGGCAUUUUAGGUGACGCCUUACAACUCUUUCUUCAGUGCUUAGCCCUUGAUGAAGAUUUUGCACCUGCAAAGCUACAAGUAGAAAAGAUUUUGUGUGAUUUAUUAUCACCUGAAAACUUAAAAGAAGGCCUGAAGGAAUCUUCCUGGAGUUCGUUAUCAUGUAUCAAAAAUAAGCCUUUUAGUUUCCCUUCAGUAAUGGAAGAGUCUCUCUCUCCUGGAGAGCUUAACCUGAAGCAGAGUGAAGAAAGAGUGGAGGACACCCCAGAGCCUGUCAAGGGAAGCUUAAACCACACUCAGUCCUCACAGGCCAUCGGCGCUGCCAUCAACACCGUGGGAAUGCCUGCCAGGGAAGACAGCUUGAAGAGAGUAUCCUCAGAACCUUUGUUCUCUGCUCAGAGAGAAGGUGUUCUACUGAAAAGAAAGUUGUCUCUCUUAGAACAGGAUGUAAUUGUAAAUGAAGACAGGAAGAAUAAGCUUAAAAAGCAAGAGUCUUCCAGUGAAGAUUGUGUGUUUUCAUUAGCUUAUGGUGACAUCCCAGAAGAAUUAAUAGAUGUCUCAGAUUUUGAGUGUUCUCUCUGUAUGAGGUUGUUUUUUGAGCCAGUGACAACCCCUUGUGGACAUUCAUUUUGUAAGAAUUGUCUUGAGCGUUGUUUAGAUCAUGCACCAUAUUGUCCUCUCUGCAAAGAAAGCUUAAAAGAGUAUCUAGCAGAUAGGAGGUACUGUGUCACACAGCUGUUGGAAGAAUUGAUAGUGAAGUAUCUGCCUGAUGAGCUGUCUGAGAGAAAAAAAAUAUAUGAUGAAGAAACUGCUGAACUCUCACACUUGACCAAGAAUGUUCCAAUAUUUGUUUGCACUAUGGCCUACCCCACUGUGCCUUGCCCACUCCAUGUAUUUGAGCCAAGAUACAGGCUCAUGAUUCGAAGAAGUAUGCAGACUGGAACGAAGCAGUUUGGAAUGUGUGUCAGUGAUACACAGAAUAGUUUUGCAGAUUAUGGUUGUAUGUUACAAAUUCGAAAUGUACAUUUCCUACCUGAUGGAAGGUCUGUGGUUGAUACAGUUGGAGGGAAGCGGUUUAGGGUUUUAAAAAGAGGGAUGAAAGAUGGAUAUUGCACUGCAGACAUUGAAUAUCUGGAGGAUGUUAAGAUUGAGAAUGGAGAUGAGAUACAGAGUCUGAGAGAGCUUCAUGAUUUGGUAUACUCUCAAGCCUGCAACUGGUUUCAGAAUUUAAGAGACAGAUUUCGAAGCCAAAUUCUUCAACACUUUGGAUCAAUGCCCGAGAGGGAGGAAAACCUUCAGGCAACGCCUAAUGGCCCUGCGUGGUGUUGGUGGCUCCUGGCAGUCCUUCCUGUAGACCCUCGCUAUCAGCUCUCAGUACUAUCAAUGAAGUCUUUGGAGGAGCGGUUGACAAAGAUACAGCACAUACUGACUUACUUUUCUAGAGACCAGUCUAAGUAACUUCUCGGGUCUUACUUUACACUUGCUGUUAGCCAAAAGGCUGAGAAGUUGGAUCUUAUUUUAAAGUCGCCCUAAUCUGGCUGCAUUGAUGGCUGGAUUGUCCGCUGCCUUUGCACAUCCAGUCCUGGUUUAAGAAAUGUAAUGAAAUUUCUUUUCCUCCAACCUCCUUAUGGAUUUGCAAAUGAAUACCUUCAACUAGGUCUUAGACCACUAAGAACUUGCACAGAAAAACACACUGAAUGUGUGUGAAACCUCCACAUUGUAAUGAAGUUGCACUACGUACCAUACUCUAAAUGAACUAAGUACUCUGUGUGUGUGUGUGUGUGUGUGUGUGUGUGUGUGU